GCCAUAAGCUGGUCACACCUGUCGUUAGAUUGUUUUUGCAUCAGAGUAUAAUUUUUGCGAAAAAGUGCCCCCAACAGAAUGUAAUUUGUGUUUUGACUUUGCUAAAUGACAAUUCAACAAGGAUACUCUACUGCCAUCGUAAAUGAUCAGAAGUCAUAUCUCCAGGGACCUGAUUUUAGGGUCCCGUGCCAUUGUAAACUUUUCGCGUGUGCCUGUACUGGAAAGGAGCGUCUGAUAAGCAGACCCCCAAGACCCUGGCCGAGUCCAAGCCAACAAUGGCUCCAUAGCAGUGUGAACAACCAUUGCCAAACAUUCGCCAUUCGCCAACUACACAUUUAAAACAAAAACGUAACACCAACGCACUCAGACAUGUGCACCGUGCAGCUAAUCUUUUGUAAAUAAACUGCGUCCACAUCUAUUGUGAACGGGCACAUUUUCUCGGUCACGUACGCCGCCGAGCUCCUCGUAUCUAAUAUCGGUGCGGGUGGCUGCCACUUAUCACCAGCAUAGGUGAUUCUCGCAUCUAAGCGGGACGCCAGGUACGAGCCUGCAGCUUUGGACAGCCGCACCACCACCGAGUGCUGAGCGCCAGCGACCGGUCAACGGUUCUAGAUCGGGACAGCGGUCGAUGAGAGAAUAGAGACACAUCCAAAGGGAAUAGAAUGAAAAUGUCAGACAUACCGCGGAUUAUGGUCUUCCGGCCCACCUGGGAGGAGUUCAAGGACUUUCCCAAAUACGUUGCCUACAUGGAGUCCCAGGGCGCGCACAAGGCCGGACUGGCCAAGGUGGUGCCGCCGCCGGAGUGGGUGCCGCGUCGCAGUGGCUAUGCCGAUCUGGACGCCCUCAAUGUCACGAUACCGGCGCCCAUCUGCCAGGUGGUCACCGGCAAGCAGGGCUACUACCAACAGAUCAAUAUCCAGAAGAAGCCGCUCACCGUGAAGCAGUUCAGCGAGCUGGCCAGCACCGAGCGAUAUGCCACACCGAAGCACUUUGACUUUGAGGACCUGGAGCGCAAGUACUGGAAGAACAUAACCUAUGUGGCGCCCAUUUACGGGGCGGAUGUCAGCGGCAGCAUCACAGACACCGACCAGGAUAGCUGGAACAUAAACCGUCUGGGCACCAUCCUGGAUUUCGUGAACAAGGACUAUAAUAUCCAGAUAGAUGGCGUCAACACCGCCUACCUGUACUUUGGGAUGUGGAAGACGACGUUUGCAUGGCACACGGAGGACAUGGACCUCUAUUCGAUCAAUUACCUGCACUUCGGAGCGCCGAAGACGUGGUACGUGGUGCCGCCGGAGUACGGCCGGCGGCUGGAGAAGGUGGCCAACCAGUAUUUCCCGGCUAGCUAUAAGAACUGCAAUGCCUACCUGCGUCACAAGAUGACGCUAAUCUCACCGCAGAUUCUCAAGCAGCACAAUGUGCCAGUUAGCAAGAUCACGCAGGAGGCGGGGGAGAUAAUGAUCACUUUCCCAUUCGGCUACCAUGCUGGGUUCAAUCACGGGUUCAACUGUGCCGAGUCCACCAACUUUGCGAUGGAGCGUUGGAUCGAGUACGGGAAGAGGGCGGUGCAGUGCACCUGCAGCAAUGACAUGGUCAAAAUCUCAAUGGACACGUUCGUCAAGCGGUUCCAGAACGAACGCUAUGACCUCUGGCUGGAGGGGCGGGAUGUCGGCCGGCAUCCGGAGGAUCCGCCGAACGGGGUGCCCUCCGCAGCGCCACUGCCCCCGCACCUAGACGUCCUGCUGUGUGAUAAGAAAAUGAAGAAGCAGUGCAACCCCACCAAGGCCAAGAGCUUUAAGGAGCGUAAUCCUGACCUAGAUCUGGACGAGAUCCAGCAGAAUCCGAACGUGCCCGACGAUGUCAAGGCCAUGCUGAAGGAGAGCGUGCUCACGCUCGACACCACUGACCUGGGUGUGGACGAUGGCGACUUUGCCGGCGAGGAGGCUAUGAGCCUGCAGAGUCCGGCCGACUUUAAGACCAAACAGGAGCUGUUGGAGUACAUAGACGAUGGCACAGAAGAUGACGACGAGGAGGAGGACUUCAAGCGGCGCAAGCAGAAGCGGAAGUACGACGCCGACUACGACGACGACUGGCUAGCUUCCAAGCGGCGGACGAAUUCGCGCAACAGCAGCCGAGGUCGGAGCCCGCGCACCAAGGACGACCGCUCCAUUUCCCCGGCCUCGUCCACCUCCUCGACGUCGCGGGGCGCGAGACGCGGCAAGGUCGGCAGCACGCCCCGCAAGACGCCGGCGAGACGGAAAAAGGAUCCCAUUGCCACAUCGCCGGCAGCCGGCACAGUGGCUGCAUCACCAGCGCCGCCACCACCGCCUGCCGCAGCCACUGCACCACCACCAGCAGCGUCAGCGGCAGCUACACCCACACCAGUAACACCAGCCACGCGAACAGCAACAACAACAACAACAACAACAACAACAGCCAUUGCAACAACAACUGGCAGCGAUGGCGGCAGAGAUGCCAAAAAGGAGCAGCAAUCGCUGCAGUUUAUGCAACAGCCACGCAAGUUCGAGGGCAAGAUACCAAAGCUAAGUCCCCCGGUCGAAACCGAACCAUCCACAUCCAAGUCUAGUCAGGAGCAACAGCAACAGCAGCAGCAGCAAAAGAUCUACGUCAGCAUGUUGCCCGUAGCCACCACCCUCAACGGCAUUCCACAGCAGCAGCAGCAACAACAGCAGCAAUAUGGUAGCACGGAUGGUUCCGUCUACCAGCUGCAGAACGAAUUGGACAUGCAAAUGGACUGUGAUGCAAAUAGACAGGCUGUAGCAGCCGCCACGGCCACAUAUCAGACCACGGCCAGGAGUCCACAGCAACAGCAGCAGCAACACCAACAGCAGCAGCAACAAAGUGUUGCAACCAGCACAGCGAAUGUUGCCGACAAUGUGGUCACAACUAUUAGUUCGUCCUCCAUCCUGCACACGAACGGCAACGGCAACGUCAACGUCAACGGAGUGGACACGAGUGGCCAGUACCACUACAUCACCACCACCGGCGAGGAUGGACAAACACCGACCACCAUAGUGUUCGAGAACUACAACGGCGCCACCGCCGCCGCACCCACGCCCGUCUCCGUCUCGGUAACCGGGCAGCAGGCCAGCACGCCUGCGACAACGACCACCACUGCCCUGGUCAACACCGACGGCACCAUCAUCGAGUUCGACGGCAGCACCUACGAGGAGUACCACGUGCUGAAGAGCGAGCCCGGCAGCAGCGAUUGCCUCAGCAACGGCAGCAGCGCCGUGGCCGCGGACAUCAUCAAGUACGAGCCGCAGCACGGCAUGGCCGUCGAGGAGGACGAUGACGAGGAGAGCAUGCUGCACGUCAAGUACGAGGAGCAGAGCCUCGAGCACGAUCCCGAUCAGGAUCACGAGUACGAGGACUACCAGGUGAUGAAGGCUGAGGUCGAGGCAGAGGCUGCCGAGCAGGCUGCCGGCACCACCAGCUACACGAUCAGCGGCCAGGCCAACACAACGCCCACAUCGACGGUGUCCUCGAUGGUGCCGAAGUCCGGAUCGGCGGCAGCUGCCAAACAGAAACGGAAACGGAAAACGCGCGUCAUCGCCGACGACGAGCAGGGCGAGUAUCUGGAGAAGAUGAGUGUCCGGGGCCUGGACAUAGCCCGCUACGAGCACAUCAUCGACGGGGUAGCUUACUGCCUGGUGUGCGCCAAGAACGACAUCUUCAAGACGUUCAAGAACAAGUACAGCUUUCAGCGGCACGCCUACCUCUUCCACGAGGGCCAGAACCGGAAGAUCUUCGCCUGCCCCAUCUGCAACAAGGAGUUCUCGCGGCCCGACAAGAUGAAGAUGCACAAGAAGGACAAGCACGGCGACGUGCCGAUGCCGCCCUCUGCCACCACGACGCCCCUCAAGGCGGACGGCCCGCCGGCGAAAAAGGCGCGCAACGCCCGGACACCCCGGGGCCGGAAGUCGAAGGUCGGAGACGGCAGCACGCCGGCCAAGAAGCGCCUCGCCCAGAUCGACAGUGUUCUGGACGAGGUCCAGAAUGGCGAGUCCAUCUCCAUGGCCCCGGUACCUGUCAGUCAGCAUCAGCAAUCCAUGCAGCACAGCCUUACCAGCACCCUGGCCCCGACGACGCCCGCUCAACCGCAACAGCAGCAGCUCCAGACCCUGCCGUCGCUAGACUUCAGCGGGAUGAUCCUGCCGGGUGGAGCUCAACUGGCGUUAGCCAACCCGGGGGCCACCAGCUCCAUGGGACUGCAACGCGGACCGGGCACGCCCAACGGCGGCCAGGCUGGGGCGCCCACAACGACACUGAUAUACUCCAACCAGCUGGAACUGCAACAGGCGUUGCUGCAACAACAGCUGCACGGCCAAAGCAUAAUGAUCCAGGACCAGGCCGGCAACCUUGUGCCCCUCCAGCUGGACGGCUCGCAGGCGAUCUACACGACGGCGCCGGCAGCUCCGCAGGCACAGCGCAGCCAACCCACAACGGCCACAUAUCAGACAGCCCAGCAACAGCAGCAACAGCAACAACAACAGCAGCAGCAGCAACAGCAGCUGGUGCAGCAGCAGACGCUGAAGGUGCCUUCGAGUCAAGCCCAGCAACCCCACUACGAACUGGACAACGUGACCUACCUGAGCUCCACGUCGGCUGCCACACCGGCGGCGGCCGAGCAGCAGCAACAGCACCAGCAACACGUCAUCGGCACGGUCCAGAGCUACCAAAUCCUGACGCCCGAUGGCCUGCAGAGCUUCCAGCCGAAACUGGAGGCCGCCGAGCUGGGUGACCUGUGCCCCUACUCGCAGUACACCUUCACCACGCAUACCGGAGCCCAGCCGACGCUGAAUGCGAACGCCCUGGACGCACAAACGCAGCAGCAACACCACCAGCAGUCGCAACACCACCAGCAGCAACACCAGCAGACGCACCUGCAGCUGCAGCAACCGUUCGCCACGCACCACAAUCCGCACCAGCAGUUCAUGGAGCUGAAGAACGAGCUGCUGAUCAAGGGCAGCGACACCUACGCCCUGGACACCGCCUCCAUGUACCAUCUGCCCUUCUCGCCCACCUCGAUGAUCAAUGCGGUGAACGAUGUGAACACCUCGUCCCUGCUGGAGACCAAAGAAAUUAGCAGCGGCGGCAAUCCCGUGGCCUUGGUGAGCAGCAAUGCCGGCAGCAGCAGCAACACCACUGCCACCAAUGGGCUAAAGGCGGCGGCCAAGAAGACGCCCGUCAUCCUGCUGGCCGCCCGCGGCGGUGGCAAGCCCACGCCGAUCAGCAUCCUCAAUGGCGGCACCAAGCCAGGCAACCCAACUGGAUCCGAAGCUGUCACGGUGGUGCGCGUCAAUGCAGCCAGUCGUGGCCAGCGCCAGGAGCAGCCCCUACCCCAGGAGACUGAAGCGGAGGACCUGCCCGAGGACGAGGAGCUCGAAGAAGAGUUGGACGAGGAUGGAACGCCGCUUAGUGGGCUGUCCUCGUCCACAGCGCAAAUACUUCGCAAGUUCCGCAUCCCCAAGGGAACGGCUCUCACCGCCAAGUCGGGAGAGAACUACCUGGCCAUGCCCACGCCCACUCCCUCGCCGCCUGGAGUCAGUGUGGUCAGUUCGGCCGUUGACUCUGCCGAGUACGUUGAGAACGAGGACGACAUUAUCGAAGAACUCAACGAAGACGACCUGGUCGAGGAGAUCAUCGACGAAGAGGCCGUCGGCGAGGAGCAGUCGGAGCUUGCCGAGGCCCCGCCAGCUGCCGCCGAAAGCAAUGGCCUGGACCUGAGCAGUUCGAAUGGUACCACGGCAACGACGACAACCGCCACGAUGAUGCUCGCCCCCAACCCACCGCCACUACAGCUGCAGACAGUGGGCCCCAAUGGCACCGUCACCUGCUUCAACCUGCCGGCCAACACCAUCCUGCUGCAGUCCGCCGAUGGCAGCAUCAUUGCCGCCACCCAGGUGCCGCAUCCCAACAAGGCCGGCCAACAGCAGCUGAUAGCCCUGCCGGGAAACGUGGCACUAGCACCUGAACCAACUGCUCAGGCCCCACAGGCCACGCAAACGCUUCUACUAACGGCCGAUGGCACGGCCAUUCCCAUCCUGGCCGCCACCACUCCUCAGCAGCAACAGCAGCAGCAGCAGCAGCAGCAGCAACAACAGCAACAGGCUGCUGCUGCUGCUGCUCAGUUGUUUGCCGCGUAGGGUCUAAUGGGUGGCCAAAUGGGUCGAUUUUUGAACAGCGCCACCAUAAUACCGACCACCUACUUCUUUUAAAGACCAAAACUGGGUUGCCCAUGACUCAGGGCUGUUGCUAAAGCCCUGAGUUGUCGGCAACCACAGCCCUAGCCUCGAACCAUGAUGUCAAAAAUCGUCACAUUCGGCCACCAAAGAGGGGAACGAAACUGAAACUGAAACAAAACUCAAAAAUAACUCAAAAAGAAGCCAAGCUAAAUCACUGAUAUUACUACAAUGUUGGAUGUGCAUAGAAGUUUAUUUUUUUAUUAACCAAAU